AUGCAGCUUCAUGGUCCCGUCCCGCUAGCACUGAAGCACCGCUUCUAUCCGUUCAAGGGCUUCGUCGCGCCGAUGUUUGAGGCCAAAGGACUUCGCGGCAUGGCCAUGCACCACAUCAUGCACCGGCAGCACAAGCAGACAUACCACUUCGACGAGUGGACCAAGUACGGUGUCCUACCUGAUCCACCUGCGCCGGAGUCGCGACACCCGUCUGUAUCCGGCCCGAGCUUCUCCGAGCCCUUCCCUCCCACAUCGCUGCUCGCUGCCUCAGAGACGUCCGUGCCCAAGUCCCAGGAAUCAGUGGCAGGCAGCUCAGUGAAGUCUGUCGAGACUCAAGGCGGCGGCCAUCCGGAGUACGAGAUGGCGCGGCGCUUCCUCGACAUGUGCCACUGGGGCAAGGGCGCGCGCAUCUUCACGUAUGUCAUCACGCGCAACGGCAUGAUGCGGUUCACGGAGACAGGGCCCGAGUUCGCCAUCGACCUGCUAUCAAAACACAUGAUGCACGCCGACGUGGACACGUACGUUGCGUACAGCGGCGAGUUCUUCGUGCGCCCACGGCGGCGCGCCAAUGGCUCAGCCGCCAGCUCCCCGACUCACUCGCGCGAGACAUCGGCAACCUCGGUUGACACCAACGGCGAAGAGGAAGAGGACGUGCGGAACAUGCUCGAGCCGGUGCCGGUCUGCAUCGAUGAGGCGGCCCACCCACUCCUGGAUCGGAAGCGCACUUCGACUGUUUCAACCGUCGAGCGGCCUCACGGGCCACGCACAGUACUGGGCCGAGUCAUCGUCUCGGGAUUAGAACGCUUAGGUCCCAAUCCCACAUCAAAUCAGCCCAUCAUCACGCGUACGCUGAUGGGCCCUGACGGAGGCGGCAGUACCGAUCCGCGGGACUACGAGCUCGUGAUCGACAACGAGUCAGGCACGUAUCGGCCACAGGUUGAGCUGCUCCCGAUACUGCGCAAAUGGCUCGCUGCCAACUUUGUGGGCCUCAAAGUGACGGCUAUGAGCGGGAUGGACCCGCAGCUGAAGAGCUGGAAGGAUGACAGGAAGCAAAAGCGAAAGGAGAGGCUCCGCGGCCGUAUCUUUGCUGCGGAGGAGAGCGAUCUCUCCAGCGUCGAGAGCGACAGUGAUGGAGACGAGGGGCUUCCGAAGGGCAAGCACGGGAAGGGAUACGAGUUCCUCGCUGAUCCGAAGGGGACGACGAAGAGAAAGGUGUGGAGGAGACGGAAGGCUGAGGUCUAG